GCCGCUCUCAGUGGCUGCUGGGAGGCAGCGGCGGCUCCUCGGGGAGCCGCCGGGCGGAGAGGCGCCGAAGUGGAGGCUGGCUUCUUCUUCAACUUCAUUAUUGGCACUGGGCAGCAGUAAUUUAUUUUCAAAACUGAGACCCUUCGUCAUCUACACAGAGUAUCAGCAGUACUACUAUAGUGGUGAUGUCAGUAAAUUCCCCAAUGGCAAAACCAACAACUGCUUCUCUGGCUACUGAGACUACCAAAGUGACAGCUAGCAGCCCUCCACUGAGUGGAAGCGCCACGCCUUCACCAUUGGGAGCUCCCUCAGUAACCACCACAGCCAAGACUACACGGUCUCCAUCAUCGGGUUCUACUGCCUCCAUACCAUCGACUCCGACCACACCUUCUCGAGGGGCGACUGUUGUUCCUACCACGACCUUUGCAGGAACGAAUCCUUCUUCGCCAGUUGGCAGUGGAAAGAGUAAUGCUCCCACUGUACAAUCGCCUGCAGCGUCUUCCCCAGUGCCAGGAGUCACACCCUCUGCCAGGACAGCCACCAAGAGCUCAGCUUUCUCUGCAGUUUCUGGAAGCACCGUCACAACCACAAGAAUCAGCGGGACGGACUCAACUAAGCAGACUACAGUUAGCCCUUCCGGGGGACCUGCUGUGCCCACGUCACAGACUCAAGACCCUGCCUCAUCCAAGACAUCCCAAAUGCCAUCUGCUGCACCAUCUACGGAAACGCAAAGCGCUUCCACCCCAAAGGCCUCAUCAAGUGGCAGCCUGCCUCCCAAAGCCACGAGCCCUGGAGGAGAGAGGCCUCCCGCUCUAACUCUCGCUGGUGGCGGCGGCGGCGGCAGCAGUCCUAGCACUAGCUCGCCUCCUGUCCAUUCCCAGAUCAUAUGUGAGGGGAACCUGACGAAAAACAACAAGGCAGUCAUGCUGACCCUGAACGAGUCGAUACCCUGCGACCACGUGGAGACGAGCCGUCUGAAAGAGCCACUGUUCAACUUGGCUUGCAGUGCUGUGAAGCCCACCUUCAACCGGAGCCGGGAUGAGUGUGCACUGAGGCUGGCCUCUGUGGCCGAAGACCCCCACACCUUGGCUAUCCUUGGCGUGUCUGUGAAAACCAACUCCAUACCUGAAGAGCUGUUUGUAUCUCUGUCGGAGAAGAAGGGAGAACUGGAAAAGAUUGGCGUGAGCAAUAUCACCCACGAGGGCAGAACCCUGGACCUGGACAUGAAGGACACCUUCACCAUGCCUUUGAUCAUCACCAUCGUGUGCAUGGCCGCUUCUCUGCUCCUCGUGGCUGCCAUCUACGGCUGCUGCCACCAGCGCAUCUCUCAGCGGAAGGACCAGCAGCGUCUGACAGAAGAGCUUCAAACGAUGGAGAAUGGCUAUCACGACAACCCGACCCUGGAGGUGAUGGAGACCACAUCAGAAAUGCAGGAGAAAAAAGUCAAGCUGAACGGGGAGCUUGGAGACAGCUGGAUCGUCCCCAUGGCCAACCUAACGAAAGAGGAGCUGGAGGAGGAAGAGGACACACACUUAUAAUUCACAGAGAGAAAGAGAGAGGAGGGGGAAGGAACUUCCUACUAAGCAAAAAUUGUAGCCACAAGUGCCGACCUGGAAAGGAAGCAUCGCAAUUGCACGAGGAGCAGAGGGAUUUAAGAUGAGCACCCGUGUGGCCAACCUUGUUUGUGGAAAAAUCCCAUCGGCUUUCUAAGCAAAGUUGUAUGUAUAUACAGUAUAUAUAUAUAGAUCUAUUUUUAAGACAGUGCCUCCUAUUUAAACAUUGGUUAGGAUAGACAGAAGAGUUCAGCGUUAGGCAAUCCAUACAAGAGACAGGGAAAAGGGCUUUUUUUCCAGACACAAAAGGGACAGCAAGCCCAGGGCUGGGUGCCUGGGAUACAAUCGGCUCCUGCCUCCUCGGAAAGCUCUUCUGCAGCUUUUGUUGGUUGUCAUGUGGAGCAAACGGUUAGGUCUGAAGGCUGCGGAGAAUGAGCUGGGAGUGCCUGACGGCGUGUUAGGAGAAGACAGAGGGAGCUUGAAGGGAAAUACGGGGGUGGGUAUGGGGCAGGAUUGGUGCCACUCUCCAUGUCUUUGCCUCCCCAUGGUUAGCAGAAGCAGGAUCUAUUAUGCAAAACCAAACCAAAUAUGCAAAUAGUUGUGAUGCGAUCGGUCAGGGCAGGGAAUUUGAAUGACUCUUGGGUAACAGCAGGACACUUUUGGCCCCACACUAUAGGAAAGGCAGGCCAUGGGCGACAUACAGGUUUAGUACAGGCUGCUCCUUCCUCUUGUCCUUCAGGCCUCCUCGUCGGAGCACAAGCAGCUGCCUUCUACUGAGCCAGAUUGUUGCUCCAGCUAGGCCAGUAUUGUCUAGGGGGCGGGUGGGUGGGCAGUUGCUCCUUUAAGGGCAACACAGCCCUCCUGGGAGGCAUGCACAGAGUGCUGGGAAGCAGCAUAGCCCCAGCCCCGGCCCCCAGCUCUUUCCUCCUGGAGCUCUGAGAGAGAGGCAAGCACUCUCUUAAAAGCCCCACACACACACACACACACACACCAGCACUGUGCAGAGGUCAGCCACAGUGGGAAAUGGCUCUCACAUGGCAGGCUUUUUGCCCAAGUGGCCUGUGCUUGAAAAAUACUGAAGAGCACUGAGCUAUUGCAAUGCUGUCAUUCCACACAGCACAGGCACUCUCUGGGUUUUUGUUUGGUUUUAGUAAAAGGGAAAUCUGCUCCAGAGGCAUCCCCAACUAAAACAUAGCCCCAUUUAAUUGUUUGUAGCAGGGAUUCUCAAACUUGGGGCCCCAGGUGUUGGACUACAAACCCCAUCAUCCCCAGCCAUAGUAGCCAAAUGCUGGAGAUGGUGGGACUUGUAGUCCAACAUCAUCAAAGUUUGAAAACUCCUGGUUUGUAGCAAAAAUCACUCCUCGAGUAAAGCGAUUGGUGCCUCUUAGGGGAACAAAAUCAAAUGCAGCUCUGAAAUCCAGCCAGUGGGCUGCCCCCUACUGGUACCCGUUUCAACAGAAUUUACCUAUACAGUUAUGUAACAUGGGGUGUUUUUCUUGAGAAAGCUCAUGUGGACCAGCUGAGAGACCACCUCCCUCCCUGAGCUACAGGUUGCACCAAUGAACUGCUUGCAUUUAAUGUUUUUAAAAUUUGUGUUUCCCAGAGAGCUGCCCCACACAGGUCAGAAAUCCAAGCUGCUUUUGAACAGAGGGGCAUCCAAAAAAGAAUUUAUUGCCCUGAGAGUCUGUCCUCCAAAGAAGAAAACAAGCAAAAUUUAUCACUGGGCGGCCCAUCCUUGGCAACCCUCAUGCAGCUUAUUUAGCUCCUGGCCAAAUAGCACUGCAUUUAACGCUGCAUUUGAGAGUCAACCACAGGGCCUGAAAACAAGCCAAAAUUCUGGGGAUUCCUCAGAUUCCACAAUGAAGAAUCUCAUUUUACAAGAGCAACUCAGUAACCCUCUUUGGACAUUAUAGCAUACGACUCCAGAUCUGUGCAGCACACUUGGUUACAGCGGGGAAGAGAGGGAAGGAAGUUCCAUCACCCCUUGUGCCCAACAGACACGCUUAGGGCACCGUUCAUCUGAAGGGGGUGCCAUCGUCAGCAUGAUUGCGGCAAAUCUGCGAGUUGCAACCUGGAUCCAAUCAGAUUGCAGCUUACCGAUUUGCCACCAUCACACUUAGUGUCGUCCCCUUCAGACGAACAGCACCGUAACCAUGAUCAUUGGCACAAGGGGGUGAUUGACAGUGGGGUGGCCUCUCUUCCUCCCUGCUUGUGGCCGCCGUAACCACCAGUGCCCGGGGUGCUCAUAAUGUCUGAAGAGGGCUAGUGUUGCUUUAAAAAAAUGUAAAUAUUACAGCUAUAGGUGUGGCAAUGUUUCAUGCAUCUUACUGCUACCCCAACUGCUGUGAGGAAUUAUUAGAGGGUGAGGAGAGACUUACAAAACAACUUUACUUCACUAUGUCAAGGAAAGGGAAUUUGUCCUUAAGACAGGAGUUCUCAGACUUGGGCUGUUCUCAGAUGCUGCUGGAUUAGAACUCUCACCAUUCCCAGCUCCAGAGGCCUUUGGCCAGUGGGACUGGGGAUGGUGGGAGUUGUAGUCCAAUGCCUGGAGAUCCAAGUUUGAGAACCAUUGCCUUAAGCAAUGAGAAACAGUAGGACAUUUCAGCAGGAUAUUUUUGCAAAGGGAUUGGCUGACUUCUGGAACUGCCCCAGACACUUAAAGCAGUUCUGAGUCUUUUGCAGGAGGAUGUAGCUCUUGCUGCAGAGGAAAUGAACCAUGCAAGCAGCAUUUUUCAUCAGAAGAGAUGCUUGCUCGACAUAUGCAAAGCCUGAAGUGCAAUGGCACAAGCAGGCAGUCCUGUGGCUGGGCAUCCAUUGCCAUUGUCUGUCUCUCUCCUUGUACAUGUUACACAGGAAGGUGUGUUGAGAACUUAUCACGCCUGCCAAGAAAAAUAAUUUGAGGGGAAACUGCUGAAAGAGAGUUCAUCCCAGUCCCAUUCAGAACAGGAAGAUGAAGGAUGUGAUAAGCGCACCAAAGUUCUAUUAAUAAAGGACACCGUGAUGGCCUUUGAUGAAAUCAGCCUCUCCAUCUUUCCCCUCCUAGAGGCUUCGAGAAAAGAUAACUAGAUGGGUAUAUUUCUAGAUACUGUUUUUUAAUGACAGAUUUAUGGGAGCUAUUCAAAUUACAAAAAUAUAGACCUUAGGGCAGAGAACGGUUGAGCUCUCCCACAAAAACCAGCACAUACUUAACCCAUCAUUUCAAGAGGAUUCCCAAACCCAUGCAUUAGCAAAGUCAUAAAUUUUCAAGUAGUUCAAACAACAGCAACUGCCACACUGGUUCUCAGGGAUUGGAGACACAUGUUUAAGAAUGCCUUGAUUGGCAUGGCCGAGUUUGGGGUAGGAGUAGGGAAGCUUUCAGAUCCCACCGAGGUCCAUGCCUCCAUCCUCCUCCUCCUCCAAUACAAGUUGUUCCGAUAAAAAAAUUUCUAAUUAUGAUAUUCCUUGUAAAAUUGCCUUUUUAUACACUGCAUAAAUAGUUCAGCAUGAUAUUUUCCACCAAGUAUUAAUAAAUAUACUAGAGCAUGGCUGUACAAAACUGGCCACAGUGAUUUAGAGAGCCAGCGAGCAGUAUAGAAAAAUGGUCACUGGAUAAAGCAAAAGUCUAGCUUAGAGACUGGCUUGCAGUGUCCAAGUUUGACCUCUUAAGGCAGGAUUAGGCAACCUUGGUUGACCAGCUGUUGCCAAACAAUGACAGCUGGACAGCCAAGGUUGCCCACCCCUGUACUCACUGCUACCCUUCUGACUCUCAAAAUAGCCCUGAUCUCAAACAACCCGCCCACACCAGGAUGAGCGUCAAGUCACUUUCCACCAAUGAAUGGCCAAAAAAGCAGUUUAACCCCAUCCCCUGCAGACCGGAGAAGUUUUCCCCUAUGAUGCACGGCCAAUCAUUUAGAAGGCUGGGAUGAGAAACCCACAUGAUCGACUAUUCAAUCAGGCUAGUUAUUCUGGGUUGCUCUGCUCUUUUUUUGGAAGUGAUGUCACUGUAAAGCAGUGGGGAGCUAAACAGUGCAAAGCAGACAGGAUUGGCUAAAAACAGCGCUUUAGAAUGGAAAUAGGAACGGUGGGAAAAUCCCACCCUGUGUUGUGCCAAAAUGUUCUCUCUGCCUAAACUAAGUUUAGCUUUAUAUAUAAACUAUAAGAGGUAAACUUCUGGUGAAGACCUUGAACCAAACCAUCACGUACACAAAGUCUUCACAAUCCUAAUGGAAAAUGUGGAUUUAAUGGCCCAUUUGACAUGAUGCUCCCUAGGGGCUAGAAACUUGGGAGCAUUGCCAACGCAAUUCAAAGGCCUGCAAUUUUUAUUGCUGUUGCUGCAGUUUAUGAUUUCUGCAGUGUUCAAAGGGCUUCGGAGUUCUUGUAUCAUUUAUUAUUACAACCACACCAUGAAAUGGGCUGAGACACUUUGAGGCCAGGCCACGAUCUUUACAGUGGGAAUUAGAAUCUGGGUCUCUAACACCCAGAACAUGCAUGUUUCCCAAUGCACCACACUGGUUCUCCAAGUGAAUGUGUUUGUAUAAUCUGAAUGGACUGUGGAGGGAGUAGAGCCCCUUCUGACUGCAAUAUGGCAACACUGACUGCUACUCUUAAGAUUGUACAGCUUCUUCAGCAUGCACUGUACAGCAAGGUUUUUUGCGCUGAAGCAGGAGUCUGAUAUACACUGGAAUUUUAAAAGAGAAACUGGACUGUAAAGAUUAUUGUUGCAUUUUCCUACAAAGUAUAUUUUGAAGACAUCCAUUUCUGUCAAUAAAAAGUUCUUUUGUGAA